AACGUUUCAACAACAUUCACGAUGAAAAUGUUGAAAAGGAUUCUGCUGCUUCUUUUUGGUUUAUCAUUAGCAUCCUUAGUAUUUAUUAGUCGGUGUGGAUUGAAGUUGGAAGAGGAGUUAGAUGCAGCAGAAAAUGUUGGUUUGAUGCCUUCUCAAGAGUCUGGAAUGGGUUUCUCAGGUCAGUAUCUAGAUUUGUUACGCCAACAGAAGGAAGAACAUGAACGAGAAAUUGAAGAACUGCAGAAAAAAAUCCAAGAUCUCCAAAGAAAACUUGCUGAAUUUGAAGGCGGUGUAGACCCAAUUAUUGUGAUCAGCAAAUCAACCAAAGAUCCAAAAAUUCAAGAAAAAAGAUGUGUCGAUUACAUUCAAAAGCAGCUGAACAAUGCUGAACUUAAGUACGGCAUUCCACUGAAUAACGAAUAUGAAGUUAUUCCUUUUAAUCAUUUCACCUUUAGUCGAGUUUAUCCAGUGGAAUUAGGCUUAGGUAAGCGCGUAGUGGAAAAGCCAAUAGGAUCCAGAAGGAAAGAUCUGUUAGAAAUAUUUGUUCGUUCUUUAGAGAAUAUCAAUAAGGAACGACGUGGAAAAGACCGUUCCACGGUAGAUGAUUUUGUAGAGGGUAUGUUCAUGAAUGAACCUACCACUGGUUCGCAGUAUGAGCUGUAUUUCAAGGAGAAAAAUAGCACCCGUGCCUAUCGCAAGGUCACGUUGAUGCGUCCAUUUGGACCAGUACAGAUGAUCUCAAAAGAGUUAAUCCGCACCUCUAAGGAGAUAAUCAACUUGAUAUUACCACUGUCGGGAAGAAUUGAUACGUUUCGUGGUUUUAUGGAGAAGUUUGUGAAGGUAGGAGUUCAGCUAGACAAACGAGUUUUCUUAACUGUUGUCUACUUCGGAGAAGUCGGUCUUCGAGACGUGAGGGUAAUUCUCACCCAAGUAUCUCGGGAGAAUCACUUUCGAAAUAUCAAAUUACUGACUUUAAAUGAAACCUUUUCUAGAGGCAAAGGGCUUCAAGUUGGGGCACAUUACUGGAACCGAGAUGAUGUCAUUCUAUUCAUGUGUGAUGUGGAUGUUGUAUUUUCGGAUAGAUUUCUAGAACGUUGUAGACUCAACACAUCUCCAGGUAAAAAGGUGUAUUAUCCAAUUGUCUUUAGCUUAUAUAACCCUAAUAUUGUCUACUCCUUGCAAGGCAAAGAUAUUCCUCUAGAAAAUGAACAGUUGGUAAUCUCACGUGAUACGGGAUUUUGGCGAGACUUUGGUUUUGGAAUGACGUGCCAAUAUCGAAGUGAUUUCAUAAACAUUAAAGGCUUCGACGAAGAGAUAAUUGGUUGGGGUGGUGAAGACGUCAUGCUCUACCGGAAGUAUGUCAGAAGUUCUUUGACUGUGAUCCGCGCAACUGAUCCGGGAAUUUUCCACAUCUGGCACGAAAAAUCUUGUGAUCCAAAUCUAGCAGUGGAACAGUAUAGGGCAUGUUUACGGUCUCGUGCUCUUAAUGAGGCAUCUCACGCUCAGCUAGGUCUCUUAGCGUUUCAAGAUGAGCUUAAGCGUCAUCAACUGCAGAAGAAAGCCGAAAAUCCUUCUCGUGUGUCAGAUGAUUCAGAAUACUCAUAUGUGGAAAGAAACAAGAAAAAUGAAAUUGAAAACAAUUAUUAA